AUGCCCAGGACACUCUACCCUCUACCCUCCGUGGCCCCUGCCUUGGAGUCCACGGGCACUCGGGUUGGGGCACUGCUGCUGGUGCAGCUGUUGGCGGACAAGGUCAAGCUUGGAGAAGGUGGCAGCCGGGCUUCCCGCUCCCCCAGGGGGCGCCUGCGCCGGCCCAGGAGCAGCCAGAAGCGGAGGGGGCGCCAAGCGGCGGGAGAGGAGGCCAUGGGCGCGCCGGCGGCGGCGGUGGCGGUGGCGGUGCAGCUGCUGGUGCAGCUGUUGGUGCGAGUUGAACUCGACGAGCUGGGGUGGCCGGAACAUGACACGCUGUUUGCAGGUUUCGAGAACUCGUCGUUCCUCACAUGGCCCUGUGGCCGCCGGGCCGUGGGGACGCGUGUGGUGGGCGGAAAGGACGCGACGAUUGGGCGCUGGCCCUGGCAGGGCAGCCUGCGCCUCUGGGGUUACCACUCCUGCGGGGCGAGCCUGCUCAACCGGCGCUGGGUGCUCUCGGCCGCGCACUGCUUUGAAAGGAACACUAGCCCGGGCAUGUGGACAGUCCAGUUUGGUGAGCUGUCUGCCGCGCCAUCUAUCUGGAACCUGCAGGCCUACCGCAACCGUUACCAGGUGGAGGAGAUUGUUAUGAGCCCCAGGUAUCUGGGGGCGUCAGCCUUUGACAUUGCCAUGCUGAGGCUGGCCUCGCCUGUCACCUACACUAAGUACAUCCAGCCCAUCUGUGUCCUCGCCUCUUCUGAUGAGUUCCAGAACCGGAGUGACUGCUGGGUGACCGGCUGGGGGGACAUCCAAGAAAAUGAGGACCUGCCGGCUCCCUACAGCCUCCAGGAAGUGGAGGUCGGCAUCAUAAACACCACCAUGUGCGACUUCAUGUACACACAGCCUUCUUACCGCUACAACAUCUGGGGAGACAUGAUUUGCGCUGGCCAUGCUCAAGGCGGCAGGGACGCCUGCUUCGGUGACUCAGGCGGACCCUUGGCCUGUGAAAAGAAAGGGCUGUGGUAUCAGGUUGGAGUCGUGAGCUGGGGAGUGGGCUGUGGUCGGCCCAACCGACCCGGUGUCUACACCAACGUCAGUACUCACUUCAAAUGGAUGCAGAUGCUGAUAGCCAGCAGCAGCAUUCACAAGCCAUCCCCCUGGCUGCUGCUGCUGCUCCUCCUCCUUCUCCGGACUGCCCCACUCCUGCAGCCAGCCUGA